UGUGUUGAUAGGGUGAAAUGGCAGAAGCGAGUAUUUCAGAGGAUCACUUCAUGUGUUCAGUGUGUCUGGAUCUGCUGAAGGAUCCUGUGACUGUUCCCUGUGGACACACUUACUGCAUGAGAUGCGUCACGGACUGCUGGAAUCGAGAAGAUCAGACGGGAAUCUACAGCUGCCCUCAGUGCAGACAAACCUUCAGUCCAAGACCUGUUUUAUGGAAGAAUGUGAUGUUUGCUGAGAUGAUGGAGAAACUGAAGAAGACUGAAGUCAGAUGUGCUGUUUCUGAUCACUGUUCCGCUGGACCUGCAGAUGUGGAGUGUGACGUCUGUACUGGAAGAAAACACAAAGCCAUCCAAUCCUGUCUGCUGUGUCUCAACUCUUACUGUCAAACUCAUCUUGAGCAACACCAGAAUCUCUUCAGAGGUAAAAGACACGACCUGAUAGACGCCACUGCACCACUUCAUGACGUGAUCUGCCCUCGACAUGACAAGAUUCUGGACAUUUACUGUCGCACGGAUCAGAAGCUUAUAUGUAUUCUGUGUAUAGAUGAACACAAAAACCACGAGAUUGUUUCAUCUGCAGCAGCAUGGACGGAGAAACAGAGUCAGUUUGGAGAAAGAAAGAAUCAACUUCAGCAGCAGAUCCAGAAGAGACAGAAAGACCUUCAGAAGAUCAAAGAUGCUGUGGACUCUCACAAGGUGAGGUGUGCACAGCACAGCAUAGACUGUGAGAUGAUGUUCACUGAACUGAUCUCAUCCAUUGAGAGAAGACGCUCUGAGGUGACGCAGCUGAUCAGAGAUCAGGAGACGGCUGCAGUGAGUCGAGCUGAAGGACUCUUGGAGCGACUGAAGCAGGAGAUGGAUGAUCUGAGGAGGAGAGACGCUGAGCUGGAGAAGCUUUCACACACACAUCAUCACAUCCAUUUGCUGCAGAGUUUGCUGUCUCUCUCUGUUCCUCCUGGAUCCACAGACUCUCUGUCCAGCAUCACUGUGAGCUCUCUCCUCUCUUUUGAUGAUGUCAUCAAAUCUGUAUCUCAUCUGAGAGACGAACUGGAGCAGUUCUGCGCACGAGAGCUAGAAAAGAUCUCUGAGAGAGUGAAACACACAGAGAUUAUUCCCAGUCCUGAACUGAAGAGCAGAGAUCAGUUCCUCCAGUAUUCUCUUCAGUUGACUCUGGAUCUGAACACAGUGGAUAAACACCUCCAUCUGUCUGAGGACAACAGAGAGAUUACAUACACUCUCACACAGCAUCAGUAUCCUGAUCAUCUGGACAGAUUUGAUGUGCGUCAGGUGUUGUGUAGAGAGAGUGUGUGUGGACGCUGUUACUGGGAGAUUGAGUGGACUGGUCAUGUUGUGGCGAUAUCAGUGUCAUAUAAGAGCAUCAGGAGGAAGGGACUGGGUGAUGAGUGUGAGUUUGGAGGUAAUGAUCAGUCCUGGAGUUUGAUCUGCUGUGACUCCAGUUAUUCAUUCAGACACAAUAACAAACACAUCGAUCUCUCUGUAGAGUCCAGAUCUAAUAGAAUAGGAGUGUAUGUGGAUGAGAGAGUAGGGAUUCUGUCCUUCUACAGCGUCUCUGACACAAUGUCCCUCAUCCACAGCAUCAGCACCACAUUCACUCAACCGCUCUAUCCUGGGUUUGGACUUGGCUGGUUUCAUUCAAAAGUGAAACUGUGUGAUUUGAUUUCUGUUGAUGCACCUGAUACCAAGGCUUCAAAGCUUGUAUCAAGAAAGUUUUUCCUUCGGCGCUUCAUAUUGAGGCAUAUACCAUUUUAGUUAAUUGAAGUUACCUAUGCUUCCUAAUUACUUAUCAUGAAUCAUUAUGAAACAACACUGAGCAUAAAUACUUGAAAGAAGUCCUUGUCAGAGCCCAUAGCUUAGUGGGUACUGACGUGACAUAACUAGCCUACAGUAAUGGAAAAUAAUAUGCCUUCUUCGACCCAAGUUCGAAUCCUGGUGUUGGUCCCAUUCCUGCUUUUUUCUGUUCUCUUAAAGAAAAGAAUCUCAUUUAUUCAUUUAUUUUACAUGUGUUUAUGCAUGUAUAUGUUAAAGUAGUACUCAAGACUGGUCUCAAGAACAUUUUGUCUCCACGUGGUCUUGGUCUCAGACUAAAGCUGGGGUUCAACCGCGGGAAACCUUAACCCCAUGAACUCGGGACUUUUGGGCUGUACUCGGGAGUGUUUCCACCGAACAUGCUGAUUGGUUGAGUUCACGUAGCAUUUAAAUCGGUUGACUCUAUGCAGUAUUGUACCUUGCAGUGUUGCAUAAAAAAUGAUGAUUGUUCUUCACUUUGUAUGCCUCAGUAAUGAUGUUAACAAAUAAAUGAGUCCAUCCUGUAGAUGUGGUCUUGAAAUAAAAUCUGUGAUUGGAAAUAAAACAUUGUGCUUUAUUUUGA